GUUGUCGUGAUAAUGAGUGUUUUUGACCCAACAGGCCAUAAUCCGUAUGGAGAGAGAACAGAAGAGCUUUGCUAUGUUGACCAACUACACAGAGUCUCCUCCUAAACUACUAGACUGUCCCCUCACCUUCAUGCUGACCCGCCCUGAUACAAACCUCCUCCAGGAGGGUGUGUACACCACUCUGAAGGGCCUCACCACUACGGAUCCAACGUUGAAGGAACGUCUUCUGAUUGUCAGUAACGUCCCCACAGGGACUGCAGCAGCCCAGGAGGUUCACAACCUCGUCAAACGCUUCGGCUCCUACCUCGACUCGCUGUCUCUGAUCAACAGGAUCUAUUUUGAGAUGGAAUCGUCGUCGGUGGCGAAGACCGUGUGUCUUCAUUUCCAGAAGUCCCCCAGUGUAGUUCAGAACAACCCUCUGAAGUUCAACUUGCUGGUCAAGGAUCAACAGGCACCGCAGCCCCCAGCCCAGAAGACAUCUGUUGUCAGCACCAAAGCCAAGAAGAAACCAAUCAAAGGCAAGAAGCCUGUAGCUAAAGAUGUCACAACCCCAGUUAAACCUGUUACUCCCACUACUACCAGCACCAAUGCUACAGUCUCAUCCUCUCAGCCUGUUGCCGUGGCGACCAAGCAACCGGGUGACGACGUCAUCGUCGCGGAGGCCAAGCAACCAGGAAGUGACGUCGUGGUGAUGAAUUCCGACGGAAAGGCAACGGUGGCGGAGUCUGGAGGGAAAGAGGGUGGGAUUUCCUCGACAAAAGAUGGGAAGAAGAAGAACGCUCAUCCUCCCAAAGAGGAUGGAGGGAUGAAAACUGAGGAGGAGGCAAAAGGAAACAAGGAAGACACUGCGACCGUCGACAUUGUCGUUUCCGCCUCGUUACCUACGGUUGCCGUAUCCGCUCCCGAGGAAGAGGUCGCCAUGGAAACCCAGAGCACCGACUGCGUCGCCUCGACCAAUGAGGUUGCAUCAGAACCCGAACAGGUUCUAGCUGCGGUCCCACAACAGGGCAGUGAUGUCAUUGCGUUGGCUAGUGAAACCGUGAUGACUGUGGCCACAACAGAACCUUGUUUGAUCUCCGCUGUGGAGGGAUCUGAUAACGUGGCCAAUCCCGUCGACUCUGACACCGUUGCUGCCUUUGUACCGGCACAAACACCGGCUCCUGUCCCGGUAGAGUUAAAUGUUGAAGACAAACCUCAGGACUUUCCUCCGGUCACCGAGGAGAUCCUCAAGGCCCUGGAGGCAGCGGUGCACCAACACCGUAUGGGGAGACUGGCGGAGGAACAGGCGAAACAGGAACACAACCAGGGAGAGGGGAUCCAGGCCAAGCCUCUACCCAACCAGGAGAGCCCUGCAGCUGGGGAGACGGCGGAGAGAAAGACCCCGGCUGAGUCAGAAGAGAAGACUGGGGAGAAAGAGACGGCGAAGAAAGAGGAGCCACGACCAGAGAAGUCACAGCCGGACAAGAAGACCACCGACACGAAGAAGACACCUUCAGGAUCUGGCCAACCAGACCACAAGAAGACCACCGACACGAAGAAGACACCUUCAGGAUCUGGCAAACCAGACCACAAGAAUGGGAAGACCGAGGCUUCCGGAGGGAGAGGCCAGCGCCUCUCCCCAGAAAGGAGAGACUCUUCAAGGCAUAGAAGCAGCCGGGCUCCUUCCGAAGAGGAGCAGGAUCCUUCGACGUCUAGACAGGGUAACUCCUCUAGCUCCUCUUCUGGCUCCCGCAGGAGCAGCAGACACGACGGCAGCCCCGCCAAGAAGAAGGGGAGGAAAGAAGAGGAAGACGAGAGGAGCAAGAGCCUCGGUAGCAGCAGUAAAACGACCCUCUCCUCUAGGAGCAGGUCUAAAGACACGUACGCGGGAGAUGAGUUUACAUCUGACGUCAUCCCCGAUGAAGCCAACUCCUUCGAUCUGGACCAGUUCAACAUGGACCAGUUUGUUACUGUGGACGAGGUGGAAGGUGAUGAGGCUGAGAACACCAGCCCACCGCAGUCAUUCUCAUCUCCGUCGCACAAGACACAAGAUAAGGCCUCGGAAAGGUCAAAACGAUCGUCCAAACGCAGGAGGGGUACCCCAGAUACCCCAUCUCCGAAAUCUAGCCUGGAGCACAAGGAGACACCCACGUCCUCCUCCUCUACCCCCCCUGCUCAGAAGACUCCACGAAAAGCCGCAGCAAAAAAGGCAGCAGCUAAACCUCAACCACCUGCCACCUCUGGACGCAAGACCAGGUCAUCAGCAGCUGUUGUAGAAGCCGCAGAAACCCAGGAAGCUGCCGACGACAACACCAGCAUAGCCGAUACGGAGGCGGAGCCUGUUCCCUUGGAGACUCGGUCUCAGUCGGAAGAGGUUGUCGUCACUAAGGGAUGUGAGACGGAGGAUGUAGUACCGUCAUCCCACCACAAGAUGUCAGUGUUGGACACUGCAUUGACCGACAACAAGGAAGAGAAAAGUGCUGUGUCAGAAAGCGAUAUGGAGACGACCGCUGAAAAACCUCCAGAGCUAGAGGGGAGCGAGGAGACGACCCAGGCUGAAAAAAGUUCCUCGAUUCUGGGUACCGAGGCUCAGGAUGGAGCCUGUCCCCUGGAGCUUGGUCUGACCCAUCCGUCUGCCUCAGCCAAGGAGCGAAACCUUCAGAAGGCCCUGCAACUACAAGAGGUGGAGACGGUGUCGGGUCACCAGGUGCCUCAAUCACUUAUUGAUAAAGUACCUGAUGAUGGUGAUUUCCAGAUACUCGACGAAGCUGUGGACGAUGACACACCUAGAGACGGAGAAGAGGGCACUCAAGAACAGUCUGGAUCUCUAUCUCUGGGUUACCAGGCGCCUGCAGCCUCCGAAUCUACAGGUUCCCGGGUGCCUCAAGCUACACUAGAGGAACACGAAGAGAUCUCCAACGACGAAGAAGAAGAAUCUGCUUUCCAGAUCCUCGACUCUCUCGAAGACUCUGAAGACAACAUGGCCGACUCCUCUCUCGCAGGCCAAGGAGGCCGAAGAGAUUCUCUACCCAGAGAGAUGGAGGGGUUCCAGAUCCUAGAUUCAGUCGACGAUCAGACGGAAACGACCCAAGUUCUGGACAACCAUACGACUGACUCUAAAUGUCAGGGGGGCUCCAAGCCUCUAAAGGGGGGUAAGAAGACACCCCAAAGAAGGGGAAAAAGGAGAUUAAGAAGGUGACCAAGACCCCAACAGGAGAGUCCGAGGGGGUACCCCGAAAAAGAGUAACCUUGUCACCUUGGAUGAGGUGAGCGAGGAGGAGGAGGAUUACCCAGAUGACGCCGCCGAAGAGGAAGAACUUAUUAAGAAACAAAAACUGGUGAAGGAGAAGCAGCGAGAGAAGGACAGAGGGAAGGAGAGAGAGAAAGGGCGGAGGAGGAGUAGAGAGAAGGAACGGACUAGGGAGGAGGAGAGGGUCGGAGUGGAUACUGAGGGCUUGGUGACUUUGGAUGAGAUUGGAGAGGAUGAAGGAGCGGAGGGGCCUUGCCUGGAGUCAGGAGACACCUUCAACCCAGAGACUCUGGUAACCCUGGAUGAGGCUGGAGGUGAUGGGGAGGAUGAUGAGGAGGAAGAGCAGAACAAGAGUCCUGAACCAGCGCAGAACCAGCAAGCUGACCACACAGCUGAUGCUACAGGGUCUC